UCAGAUAACGAUCAAGAUCAUUAACUUCAAAAUAAUUUAGAAUUGUGUGUUUACAAGAGUUUAAGACGGCAUUUAAAAGUAUAGAUGUUACACUUGGGUAACUAAGAGAUGGAUUGAUCAAUAAAACGUUGCAAUAGGUACUGCCAAGAAAUAGCAUUGAAAAAUUCUUUAAAAUGGGUCUAACAAGCAACACUGGGUUGUUGGCGAGUGUGUCUCAUAAACCCAUUCUUACAAAGCAAAAGAGCAACGUAGAGCUACGAUGCGACGUGACGCCGGCCCCGUUCAUGCUGCGACCGUACGCUGGGUUGUACAACCCGUUCCCUCAUGGGUGUUCGGUGCUAUGCAACCACCCGGCCGAUUCCGAGGCAAAGGAAUAUGUAAAGCGGGUUAAGGAUAACUGGAUGCUAGAAGGUAAAGCGCAUUACUUCCAUGAAGACUUGUCAAAGUUUCAAGAACUAAAUGGCCCGGAUAAAGAGAAGAUCAGGACGCCACAUGACAUUGUCACGGAAGACAUGUUUAGGAGAUAUACUGAGACUGACUCAAGACCAUUGACUCCAGCACCAACACUCGCGAGCGGCAAAUCCAGAGGUUCUAGAAGAUGUCUCACACCAGACCAGCCUCAUCAGAGAACCACCAUUGUUUUGGACUUAAGAAGAAGUCAUAGCCAGGAAACUUUAUACUACCACGGAUACUCAACAUCAGAAAUGACAGCCGGCGCCAACACGAGUCCGAUCAACGAUCGCUCGACGCUACCCUCCUUGAACCUCUCUGAGGGAGCCCACAAUCGACUCCUGAAGGGACAGUGCGAACAACUCCCUCCCUUAGCUUCGCCGUUAGUGCUGUCGAAAAGAGUUGUGCCUAUGAAAGAACUUUCUAGUGUUAGAACUGCAAGAAAGAAUCAACUGAAAGCGCUCAAUUUGGGAAAGUCUCCUAAGAAGAACAAAGGAGAGACUCCUGCGUCGCAUCGUUCGAAAGGUGACAAGGAUUUGAACGACGGCAGCGAAACCGGUCGCGCUGCUACGGAUGAUGGUGGUGGUGAAAUCCGCAGACGUGGUAAGCGACGACGCAAGGGUCGUCAGGGUGGUAGCGACAGACUCACUUCAGCAGGACUAGCUGCGCAGACUCAGCAAGAUCCCGAGACACAGAUUGCAGGAAUCGGAACAGACUCCCAAAACCCAAGUUCCCGAGGGUCGAUAGCGCCAGCGGCUGACGAUGAAGUGAUAGUCCUGCCGGUGGUCAAAUCCGGCGUAUCAAAAAAGGCUGAUUCGUUCCUUGAUGAUGAGAUCCUCAAGUAUUUACACAGAGAGGUGGAUGAGGAGGCUAUUGAGACUGAGUUUGAUGUGAAGCGUCGCUACGUACUCGAGGAAGCUUUACGCACUCGCCCAGAGCGACCAUACGGGCAAGAGAUGCAGGCACUAAUCCGAGAGCUGAAGGUGCCAGCAGUAAGCCUGGGUGACUGGCUGCACAUACCGCGGGUGUUCUCCAGGCGAAACGCGCAGUUCUCGCUGCCUAUAGACUCUAAUGCGUUGGAAACCUUGACUCCAAUGAAUUACGCCGCGAGGUUCGUGACCAUCAAGAAGUCUAAACAACUGCUAUAUCUGACAGUUCUAAGAAAAUUCAGACCGGAAGGGUAUCGGAUGCCAAUUAAGGAUAUAGAAGAAGGUUUAAUCCUAAUGAUGGGCGGCAUCCUCUCCGCUGAACAGGCGAGUCAUUUCCAACACAUCAUGAUGUGGACAAGUUAUGAGGAAGAGGAGAAUAUUCCCGACGAAAUCAAGUUAACUCUCCUCGAUUCUGGAAGAAAGACUUCGAUCACAGAAGGAGGUGAUACAGGGGAGUCCAUAACUGACACCAUAAAGUUUCGAACUUGGUGCGGACUUUGUGCAAUAUGCGAGCGAAUGUUUGGCAGAUACCCGCCCCGAGACAGAGAUCCUCCUGAUGGGAUUGAACUAAGCGAUUUUACCAUGCUAGAAACAAAAUUGGCGGUACUGAAGGUGCACAGUGGACUACGAGAAGUCUUGGACACCAUAAGAGAACGAUGAUUUAACCUUUUUUAAUAUGUAAUUAAUAAUUAUUU